AUGGCGACGACAGCGGUGCAGCCGGCCAUGGGCAGCGGCCGCGUAGGCCAGGCGCUGCUGUCCAUGGGCCCUCCGGGAGGAGACGUCCUCGUGGGCCGCGGCGAGAAGGUGUCCGACGACGCACCCGGACCGAUACUGGUGUGCACGCGCAACGACGACCUCGACAGCGUGCUCGAGGCCACCCCCAAGUCGCGCUGGCGCGCAGAUUUUGUGUUCUUCCAGAAUGGAAUGCUGGAUCCAUGGUUCGAGAUCAAGGGCCUAGUGGACGCAAACCAGGUAUUGGCCUACUUCGCUAUAUCAAAGCUUGGAGAGCCACCAGUCGAUGGGAUUACUGAUACCAACCCAGAGGGCUUGACUGCUGCAUUUGGCAGCUGGGCUCCUGCAGUGGCUGCCCGCCUGCAAAACGGCGGACUUACCUGCAAGGUGAGGUUAUGA